GGAAAUGUGACGUCAUAUCCGCUUGAAAAAUGAUGGAGACUGGAUUUUGGCACGGUGGUCCCAAACCUGGAGCUUUUUACAGUUUACCAGGAAAUUCUUCAACAUAUAAUGACAUGCCUAGAAAACAUACUCAACAGCCAAUUACAACAGGUACCUCAGUUCUAGGUGUCAAGUUUGAUGGCGGAAUUAUUCUGGCUGCAGACAUGUUGGGAUCAUAUGGCUCACUGGCCAGAUUUAGGAAUAUAUCUCGUUUAAUGAAGGUGAAUGACCAGACAGUAUUGGGGGCUGGAGGAGACUAUGCCGACUAUCAACAUAUCAAAGAUAUCAUAGAACAGAGAAUGAUUGAUGAAGAAUGUCUAGAUGACGGUUUUACUUACACUCCUAAAGCUCUACACUCCUGGAUGACACGUGUCAUGUACAACCGCAGGUCACAGUUCAACCCUCUCUGGAAUGUUGUAGUUGUAGGUGGGAUACAGGAUAAUGAACCAUUCCUAGGCUUUGUAGACAAGAUUGGCACAGCAUUCAAGUCUGAUGUCAUCUGCACAGGUUAUGGAGCCUACAUAGCACAGCCAUUGUUAAGAGAAGCUUAUGAGAAAAACAAUGCUAUGAGUGAGCAGGAGGCCAAGGCAUUAGUGGACCGCUGUCUUAAAGUUCUGUUUUACAGAGAUGCAAGAUCUUUUAAUAAGUAUGAAAUUGCCAUAGUAACAAAAGACGGCGCUAGAAUAGAAGGUCCUAUGUCAUCAGAUACAAACUGGGACAUUGCCACAAUGGUCAAGGGGUAUGAAUGAGUUACUAUAACAACAACAACAUAAACAACAAAAACUCAGUAGAAUGCAGUUGUAUGAACUAUUUAUUUCAUAUGUUCUUACAAAUAUAUGGACACAACAAAAAUCUUUAAGAUUUAUUUGGAGCACGAUCUCUUGAUAUGAUGAGAUAAAGGCUUUAAGCUGUAUCACUUUUGACUAUGUAUAGUACGCUCAACACCUCGUAUACUUUUUUGCCAAUAGAGAUAAUGAAACACCUUGAGCAUUAGGCAUUUAAUGACAUAUAGAGAUCUUAAAAACAACUACCAAAAGUAACAUCUGAUAUCUGUAUUUAUUCGACAUGUACAUAGAUUUUGUACCACAUAGACUACUGAAAUAAAUACAUGGAAUAAAACAGUAAGCAUAUGUAAUCUGGAUUAUGUAAAUAUCAUGUCGGGAGAAUCACUAAUUAAUUAGAUUGGGAUGAUAUCACAAAGGUAGGUGUCACAAUAGUGAAGGAUGAGAGUAUCACCUCUAAUUUCUUGUUAAUGAAGAACAGAAUUACCAAGAUUGGCACUGAUCUCUUCUUAAUUAUUGGCUGAGAGGAAGUAAUUAAACUUGAGGUCAUUCCAGAAACUUCAAAUUAUUUACAGCCACCUGGCUGAUUAACUCAACCUUCUUUAUUUCACCACCAGUAGAGAUGACAUAUU